AUGGUCACCUAUAAAGUCCUCCUGGUUUCCCCGGACAAGGCGGUCCCCCAGGCGGUCCUCCAGCUGGUCCCCCCGGCCGAGACGGUCCAGGAGGCCCGGGAGAUGGUCCUGGGUAUCCUGGACCAGGACAUCCCGGUGGUAAUCCUCCAGACUGGCCUGGAUCUCCUGGUUUCCCGCAGCCUGGGCCCCCGGGCGGAGGGCAACCAGGAUGGCCUCAGCCCAGCUUUCCGAGUUGGCCCAGCAUCCCGGUUACCACUACCACUGUCGCUAUUUCUUCGACAACAACCUCACCGUAUGUUCUCCCAUCACUUCCCUCGCAUCAAGUUGGGCUCGGCAUGUCGUUGCUUCUUCGACAAGUCGGGCUUAGACGGCAUUACGGAGGCCGCUGGCGAGCACAAAAUCUCCAACCACCUCUGCAAGCACUGCUACUACCACUUCCGGCGUAACCUCCACUUCGUCCUCGGUCUCGACGUCCUCACCCACGACAACAACUUCAACCGUUCCCACAACAACGCCUACAACUUUGUCGACUACGACCACACCAAGCACAACCACUACGACGACAACAACGACUACCACAUCCACCAUUCCUACUACGACUCCGAUCACCACCACAACCACUACAACUACGACGACGACAAUAACGACUACUACUACAACUACUACCACGACCCCUCCGCCGAAUUGUCCUAUUCCAACACUGCAAAAUGUGGCUUCACUUCCGGGCUAGUGGACGAGGUUGACCAAGCAGGCACGGGCAUCUUCAUCCCCCGUUCCGGCAAUAACUAUUUUCAAGUAACCAACACGGGCACGUCGCCGUCAGAAGCGCGCAUCGCCCAGUCGCCCACCUUCUGCAACGGAGUCGACUACACAAUCUCGCUCUGGGCCAUCGGCGACUGCAAUAGCGCAGCCCAGUGUGCCGGCUUCUCAAGUGUCCGUGUCCAGAUCGUCACCGACAUCGGCUUCAGCACGGAUUUCACCCUCUCCAAUAUCGGUCCCGCCGACUGGCAGGAGCUCACAUACACGUUCACCUGGACCGCCGGAACUGGCCUUUCCCCAGUCCUGAUCGACGUCUUUAUGGACAACCAGAACGAAUCGAUCGGGCUGGACGAUAUUAGCAUCUCGUUUGCUUGA